AAUUGAAAAUGGCCGAAAAAGGAGCACAUUUAACUGGAACUACAUUUAUAAGACCUUCUAUUUUUGAAAUUAUAGCACAAGAAUCGUUAGCGCAUACUGUAGAACCGGUUUUUACAAAAUUUUUAUCGUUCAUUGUAUCAUUUAACAUUGAAAGAUAUGGACAUCUUCUUAGAUGGACAGAUGAAGGUUAUUUAAUUUUUAAUACAAUUCUUCAACAGUAUUAUUUAACUAAAUAUUCUGCAUCAUUUUCUGAAACAUUUUAUAGUUUAAAACGCAUAACUAUAGUAAACUCAAAAAUUAAAUGUGAACUAUCAAAUAAGCAAAAAAAACUUUCAUUAAUGUUAACAGUUUUAUUUCCUUAUAUAAAAAUUAAACUUUCUCAACUAGUGGAAAAAUAUAAACUUGAAGAAGUUGAUGAUUGUGUUCUAAAGUCGAAAUGGCAAAAAUUUUAUCGUAAUUGCAUCAUCAAAGGAAAUGCAAUAAUUUUCAUGAUAUAUGAAUUUAUGGUACUAUAUAAUUAUGUUCUUUAUAUUUCUGGAAAAUCAGCAUAUACUUCUCUACUCUUGAGACUUUUGUCUAUAACUUUAACAUAUGCAGAACCAAAACCGAUACUUAGUAUUUCAGAUCUUUUAAAGAAAAUUAGAACAAACUCCUUUGGUAUUAGUGAUGGUAUAGAUAUAUUUCAAAGAAUGAUGACUACAUCUUUUGAAUUUGGAGCAUUUUUUCUUCAAUUCUUGUCUUGGUGGACUCAAGAACAUUAUUCAACUAAUUUAUUAUCAUUACCUAUUCCAUCACCUCCAAAAAUUCCAGAAAUAGCAAAACAAUACAAAGGAAUAUGUCCAAUCUGCUAUAAAGCAUUUAGAAUACAUACAGUACUUUCAGUGUCUGGUUAUGCAUUCUGUUAUCAAUGCAUUCUUCCUGUGAUACGUACAAACAAAAAGUGCCCAGUGACAAACUAUCCUGCUAAGGAAGAUGAUUUAAUACGUUUAUAUUUAGACUAAAUAAUAAUGUGCAUAUUUUACUAUA